UUAGCUUUGCAUUAUUUAUGCAGUAAUUUUUUUUAUACAAUUCAAUUUUUAAAUUGUAUCACGAUAUUUAAACAUUUUUUUUAUUAUUCGCGAUUUACUUCUUAAUAUAGUUCAGCAUUAUUUUUAGUCCUUUUCGCAUAUUUUUAGGAGUGUAGAAUUAACUACUAAAUCUAGUUAUUUACCGGAAACUACACUUCAGCCUGGAUUUAAAAUUUCUUUUAUAGCUGAUUAAAAAAAAAGCGAUAUAAAUUAGUUCUGCCCUAAAUGAUUUUCUUAAGGACAUACCUGUAAAUAAACCGAAUUAGUCAUUUUUCAGCCAUUACGAAUGGGAUUUAGUGUGCCGCCUAGACUAUUUGGUUCCGUUAGCCGCUUCCGUAUUCAUGGGUGGUAGUGUUCCGGGAGCUAUCAUAUUCUCUAUCCUUUCUGACAAAUACGGAAGGAGAUACAUGCUAUUUUAUUCUACUUCCUUUUACUCUAUUUCCACCAUUUUAUCUUCUUUCGCUCCGAGAUAUUUUAUCUUCGUGACACUCCGCUUUAUUCAGGGAAUAAUGCAUGCCGGAACGUUCGUUAUUCACAUUGUAAUACUCACGGAACUGCUGCCCAAAGAGAAAAGAUAUUUGAUCCCGAUCUUAGCCACAUUAUGUAUGAGUAUUGGUUGUCCACUACUCGCUCUCGUAUCUUUUAUGAUUCCGGCUUGGAGAAAUUUGCAAUUAGUAGCUGGGCUUAUGUUGGCCCUCUAUGUAUUAAGCACUUUCUUUUUAGACGAAUCUAUAUAUUGGUUAGCAGACAAUGGCUACUCUCAUCGCGCCAAAUCUCUCAUCAUAAAAGCUGCCAAAUGGAACAAAUGCCAGUUGCCUCCUGAUUUUGAACGGGUUUCAAUAGAAGUAUAUUCGAAAAAUCACGAAAAAGAUGGUGGAUUGACUGGAUAUAAACCGAAAAUAGAGUAUGAAGACAGCGAAUUAAAAAGCGAGCCUAGAAUAGCGGUCUUUAAAGAUUUAUUUACCCAUCCCGAACUUAGGAGGAGGAAUCUUCUUAUCGCCUUUGGAACGUUUUUCAUGUCGCAAGUAUAUAUGGGGUUGACCUUUACUACUAAUGUACUUCCGGGAAGUAUUUAUGUCAAUUUCACUCUUAUCGGAUUGACGGAACUUCCUGGAAAAUUGCUUUCAUUAUUUGCCAUCAAGAUUGGCAGAAGAAAACCUAUAUUUUUGCUUAAUUCACUUUCCGCUCUUUUUCUGUGCUGUCAAAUUUUUCUGCCGCUCUUUGAGGAAAGCAAUGGCAAAGACAUAUUAAACAUAAUCUUAUUCAUGACUAGUCGAAGUCUUAUAGGAGGUUCAAUCGCCAUCAUUUUCGUGCUCAUCUCGGAAGUAUUUCCAACCUCUGUCAGAAAUACCGGAUAUGGGCUUAACAAUUCACUCACUCGUUUGGGAUUUUUGAUUUCCCCUUUCGUUUUUUACCUCCAAAACAUUAAUGUCGUAUUGUUACCUUUAGUAAUGGCCGGGUUAAACAUGUUAUCGGCUGUUUUAAUUUCGUUGCUUCCGCCUACAAAAGGCAUCCCACUUCCGGAAUCAUUAGAUGAUUUAGACAAGGACACAUAUAGGCUACAACCAACUUGCUGUUACUUGUUUCCUAAAUAUGGUGACCAACAUUCCCUACCUAACACUCCUAAUCAAUCUCGACGACCGUUUAUCGAGGAUGAGAAACCUAAGCAAGUCACAUCAUUUAGUAGCGAAGAAAUUAAUAAUUCUUUAAGGCAGGGUCAAAAUUCAAUUUCAGACAAUUCUAGACAACCAGUAUCAUAUACUGGUGCCGAUGGUUUUGAAGAAGGGGAAAGAGAUGAACCAGGAAAUAAUAAAGAGACUAAUAUUUAGAGUGUUAACAACACAAAUAUCCAUAAUAUAAAAGUGAAGGGCUAAUAUUCACCGUUUUCCAAAUAUUUUCUGUAGUUCUUUCUAGUCAAUGGCCUUUAAAUAAAAUGUACAAAUUUAUAAUUAUUUUUAAAAUGAUAUGAAUCGGGGCAAUAUAA